GGUGAACAGGCUUCAAACAGAUUGGCAAGAUUCUUUGGAAUGCCAGGAUACAUUAAGGAAGCCCGUACGACCUACAACAUCGAAGACUCUGCUAGAGCUCUCAUGCCAACAACAUUGGAUGACUUGAACAUCCGCAGUGGGGUAGCCAAGAAUUCAGUGCCAAAACAAGAGGGUAAGAAGGUUGGCGGACUGGUCGAAAUCUUCCAGGCUCGCGGCAUGAUGACUCCUAGCCUUAGAUCAGGACUCCACAGAAUAUCAGCACCGUCCAACUUUGUCCAUCAAUCCAGUGGUCGCCCCGCGAUCCCUUCUGCCCGCAUUGUUACCCCAUCUGGCGCAGUAUACAGCCCUUCAGGAACGGUGUGUGUAGCCACACCUGGACCUUCACCCUAUCCAUCACCAAUCAAGCGUGUCCCUACGCCGCAUCCUAGCUAUAUAAGACCCAAUUCCGGGCUUAGUGAUGCAAAUACUGAGGUAAGUUCUAUGUUCGGAGAACAACUAGAAAGGUUCGAAAAGCCCCUAUUUGAUAGCCGUGAAAUCGAAGGCUUUGAUGAUAGUGAGCAGGAAGCCGUGGACAUCGCGCUUUAUGGAUGAUGGGAGUCGAAGGUUCCGGAAAUUGGUAUUCUUAGGAGAGGAAGCGAGCAUUUGAAAGAUGGGCGAAGUAUGCAUCAAAUUCUUAUCAUGAAUAAUGCCUGAUGGGUUGAGAGAUGG